GCAGCCCAGCCGAGGGAGGAGAACCAGGAAAGGGGGGCACACCCACUCCCCAGCCCCACCCAACGCCAAAGCCACCCGCCCAUUCCAUCCCUGUCCCUGUGGGUCCCUGCACCGGCCACCUUCAACACAGCCCCCACCCGGGCCACCCCCUCUCCCUUUGGCCACACCUGCCGGGUGCCACGAUGACCGUCACCUACACAGCCCGAGUGGCGAAUGCCCGCUUCGGUGGCUUCUCCCAGCUGCUGCUGCUGUGGCGUGGGAGCAUCUACAAACUCCUGUGGCGAGAGCUGCUCUGCUUCCUCGGGUUCUACAUGGCGCUGAGUGCUGCCUACCGCUUUGUGCUGACCGAAGGGCAGAAGCGCUACUUCGAGAAGCUUGUCAUUUACUGUGACCAGUAUGCCAGCCUCAUCCCUGUCUCUUUCGUGCUUGGCUUCUAUGUGACGCUGGUGGUGAACCGCUGGUGGAGCCAGUACCUAUGCAUGCCGCUGCCCGACGCGCUCAUGUGCGUGGUGGCGGGCACCGUGCACGGACGCGACGAUCGCGGCCGCCUCUACCGGCGCACACUCAUGCGCUACGCAGGGCUCUCGGCCGUGCUCAUCCUGCGCUCUGUCAGCACCGCGGUGUUCAAGCGCUUUCCCACCAUAGACCACGUGGUGGAGGCUGGGUUUAUGACCCGCGAGGAGCGCAAGAAGUUCGAAAACCUGAACUCGUCCUACAACAAGUACUGGGUGCCCUGCGUCUGGUUCUCCAACCUGGCGGCGCAGGCCCGGCGCGAGGGCCGCAUCCGCGACAACAGCGCCCUUAAGCUGCUGCUCGAGGAGCUGAAUGUGUUUCGGGGCAAAUGUGGAAUGCUCUUUCACUACGACUGGAUUAGCGUACCCCUCGUCUACACGCAGGUGGUGACCAUCGCACUGUACAGCUACUUCCUGGCUUGCCUCAUUGGUCGCCAGUUCCUGGACCCAGCUCAGGGUUACAAAGACCAUGACCUAGACCUGUGUGUGCCCAUCUUCACCCUGUUGCAGUUCUUCUUCUAUGCCGGCUGGCUCAAGGUAGCUGAGCAGCUCAUCAACCCCUUCGGAGAGGACGACGAUGACUUUGAGACCAACUUUCUGAUCGAUCGAAACUUCCAGGUGUCCAUGCUGGCAGUGGACGAGAUGUAUGAUGACCUGGCUGUGCUGGAGAAGGACUUGUACUGGGAUGCGGCGGAGGCUCGCGCCCCCUACACAGCAGCUACUGUCUUCCAGCUGCGGCAACCUUCCUUCCAGGGCUCCACCUUCGACAUCACGCUGGCCAAAGAAGACAUGCAGUUUCAGCGGCUAGACGGCUUGGAUGGGCCGAUGGGCGAGGCGCCCGGCGACUUCCUGCAGCGCCUCCUGCCGGCGGGCGCGGGCAUGGCCGCGGGAGGCCACCUGGGCCGGCGCCUGUCCUUUCUACUCCGCAAGAACAGCUGGGUGUCAGAGGCGUCUACCGGGGCCAGCUGCUCAUGCGCGGUUGUCCCCGAAGGCGCGGCCCCGGAGUGCAGCUGCGGAGACCCGCUGCUCGAUCCUGGCCUGCCGGAGCCCGAGCCUCCGCCCCCUGCGGGUCCUGAACCGGUUGCCCUCAUCCCUGGGCCUGUCGAGCCCUUCAGCAUCGUGACCAUGCCCGGAUCCCGGGGUCCGGCGCCACCCUGGCUGCCCAGCCCUAUUGGCGAGGAGGAGGAGAAUCUGGCCUAAGAUCUUAGAGCCCAGCCGCCUAAGGACAGGGAACCAGGUCCCUGCACGGCACACAGGCAGGUGUCCCGGUCUGCAUAAGCCUCCUGUGCCUUUGUAAAGUCCACCUACACUUUUGACCAGCUCUCGCUGCCUGCCUGGGUUUGGCGCUGUGCUAGGGGCGAGAGUUCUUCCAGACUCUUGGACCAGCCCACCCUUACCACCAUCUCUACUUCCCAACCCCCACUGCCUGAGAGGUCUUCAUCAAUGUUCUGCCUGAAUUCUUUCCUUUAAGUGAAGAUGUGACUAUCUCAUCGAGUUGUCAUGAGGAUGAAAGAAUGGCAUUAAAGCAUUUGGUAUACAGUAGGUGCUCAAUAAAUUGCUAGUUGUUUUUAUUCAAA